AUGUAUAAUGUAAGAAAUUUGACUCUUUAUUUUCCUGAAAACUUUGGCGAUGAUAUAACGAGGAUUUUUUACAUUGGGCUUAAAGGAGAAUGGACUGAGAUUAAGAAUGAUCAGAUCAUAACCAUAUAUGAGGCGACACCUAACCCUGCAGACCAUAAAAAUCCAGCUGAGGAUGAAAGAAUUCACCACACCAUCAAUUGA